UAUUCCUUUGUUAUUUAUGCGAAAAUAAGCAUAACUAAUUGUUGGCUGGGAAGGCUAUAUAACAUAGUGUAUCAGUAAUUUUGUAAUAUAAUCUUAUCGAUGUGGAAAUCACGUUCAACAUACCAUGCCUUAAAAAUCUGCAGCCGCAACUAUGCAAAAGUCGUUUCAUGGAAGAAACGCGUAUUUCUUUUGCCAACAACUAGCUGUUUCCAUUGUCACUUGCAACAUUAUUCCAGUAAACCAAAUUCUGAAAUCGACCUGACUUUAUUCCCUACUGAGAGGAUCAGGAAUUUUUCUAUCAUAGCUCAUAUUGAUCACGGAAAAAGUACCCUUGCUGACAGGCUUUUAGAACUUACUGGCACGAUUGGCAAAGGUAGUCAUGAAGCUCAAAUGCUGGAUAGAUUACAGGUGGAAAGAGAGAGAGGGAUCACAGUUAAAGCUCAAACUGCUACAUUGGUAUACAAUUACCAAGGAAUUGACUAUUUGUUGAAUUUGAUUGAUACACCCGGGCAUGUGGAUUUUUCCUUUGAAGUAGCGCGAUCCUUGGCAGCUUGUCAGGGCGUUAUCCUUCUAGUUGAUGCUAAUCAAGGUGUUCAAGCCCAGACAGUUGCCAAUUUUUUCCUCGCAUUUUCUCAAAAUCUGGCCAUCGUCCCUGUGAUGAAUAAAAUAGAUCUUAAAAACGCUAAUCCCGAAAGCGUUGCCAUUCAAAUGAAAAAUGUUUUUGAAUUUGAAUCAGAGGAUAUUUUACGGAUUUCAGCCAAAACAGGGCUAAAUGUCGAUUCGGUACUUCAGUCGAUUGUAGAACGGAUUCCUCCUCCCAGUCAUUGCGAUAUUGCAAAACCUUUUCGAGCCUUGCUGUUUGAUAGCUGGUACGACAGAUACCGAGGAGUAAUAGCAGUCAUUGCAGUAAUAGACGGUGUGAUCCGAAGUGGCGACUCUGUUAGCGCAAAGCAUACCGGCAAAUCAUAUGAAAUUAAAGAGCUUGGCAUUCUACGACCUAACGAAGUUAGCCUUUCGUGCCUACAGGCAGGCCAGGUGGGGUAUGUCGUGUGUAAUAUGCGAUCUAGCACAGAGGCAAAAGUUGGCGACACAUUGUUUAAAAAGGGUUUGGUAGAGGUCGAAGAGGUAGCCUCGUUUCGGCAAUCCAAACCAAUGGUCUUCGCUGGCGUUUAUCCAAUGGAUCAGUCUGAAACUCCAGCUCUCAGAAGCGCCUUAGAAAAGCUUACCCUAAAUGAUUCCAGUGUCACCGUUGCCAAAGAAUCGAGCGCUGCCCUCGGACAAGGUUGGCGUCUGGGUUUUCUAGGUCUUCUUCACAUGGAAGUAUUCAAUCAACGUCUCGAGCAAGAAUAUGGAGCUGAAGUCAUCGUCACAGUUCCCAGUGUACCCUACAAAAUCCGGCUACAUGGUGAAAAAAAUAUAAAGAAAUAUGGAGAGAGGGACAUUAUAGUUAAUAAUCCAGCAUUCUUUCCAGAUCCCAACAUUAUUGAACAGUAUUUUGAGCCAAUGGUACUAGGAACAAUUAUAACUCCAGAUAUCUAUAUGGGCCCAAUAAUGUCACUGGCGUUGGACCGAAGAGGUGUACAGGUGGACUCCAAAAACGUAGACAAUUCACGUGUCAUGAUGCAGUUCAAAUUUCCUCUUAAUGAGAUAGCCGUUGAUUUUUAUGAUGCCCUUAAAUCUCUUUCAUCCGGCUACGCUAGUUUCGAUUACGAAGAAGACGGUUUUGAAGCGUCGGACAUCGUCAAGUUGCAUAUCAUGCUGAAUGGCGAAGUGGUAGAAGAAUUAAGCACUGUCGUACACGCUAGUAAAGCUAGGAAAUAUGGGAAAGAAAUCUGUCUCCGAUUGCAAGAAACAAUACCAAGGCAAAUGUUUCAAGUGGCGAUUCAGGCUGCUGUCGGAGGCAAAGUGGUGGCGCGGGAGAACGUUGCCGCUCUACGAAAAGACGUCACAGCCAAGUGCUAUGGUGGGGACAUCUCGCGCCGGAUGAAACUCCUGAAGCGUCAAGCCGAAGGCAAAAAGCGAAUGAAAAGCAUUGCCAAUAUAGAACUUCCCAGAGACACAUUUAUAAAAGUGUUGAAGCGCUAAAAUAUGAACCAGUUCUGACUAGCGAA